CUACUCGUGCUACUGGACACUCUCUCAACAAGGGGUGAUAACAUAAUGGCAGCAGCAACGUCUGGCUGGACGCCACACUCCUCCCUUACAGUGGCUCCCACCAACCUGAAGGAGGCUAUUGACUGGGUCCUGAGGGUAACUGGUAAGGAUGGUAAGAGCAACAAGGACCCGGCGAAGCCGGCAACACCACCCCAAUUCAGCUGCCUCUGUUUCUUGGCCAAGGCAGUGAAGGACCUCCUGUAUGACGCCAGGUCACCGGAGUCCCCCGGUCCCACCUCUGAGAGGUACUGGAAUGAACUGCUCCUAGAGCAGGAAAGUGACAUAGUACACCCAGUGCUCACUGACCUGGGACUCCUAAGUGGUGGCAGCACUAGUGCUGCCAGGAAUACCUGCUCUGGUGGCACCGAGGUCAUAAAGGCACUGAUAGACCAGUUGGCACUGGGACUACAGAAGUGGGUUGGGUGGCAGGAAGGGGAUACUUGUUGUCUUAAGGGAACUGAUGGGAUAGGAGGGAAAUGUACAUGUGCGGCUGGUGGUGUUGGUGCCGGUUGUUGUGGUACCGGUGGUGGUGGUAGUACUACUUGUCAUCAGUGUAGCAAGUGUGGUACCAGUAGUGCUGGCACAAAAUGCUACCUCUCGGCCUAUUGCAAGAAGAAUGGUACCGCCUCUGGUUCCCCUAGUCCCCCUACAGAAGAAUACUACUGGCCCACCAUAUCCAGUGACCCCUCUAAGGUCCACCUCCUGGCCCGUAUUUUCCUAGGGUCAGUAUGUCUCAUCUGGAGUGGACUCAGUCAGUUGGGGUUCUUAACGGGUGGUGGGAGUAAGAGAUGGGAGGAUAGUAAGCUGCACGAUAUAGAGUCUGGUGACAAGGCUGGUCUCGGCUCAUUCAUGGCGGCCAUGGGCUAUGACCUGGAGAGGUUGAAUGGGAGUGGUACAGGUGAUAAGACGGGGCAGUUUGUGCACGGGUUGUUGACAAAAGAGAAGGAUGGAGCUUUUCAGGAGCUAAGAAAUGGACCCACUCAGAACAGUGUAGCUGACUACUAUAGCAGUAUCUAUGGUGCAGCACAGGGUGCUGGCAAAAGCAGUACCACUGAGAAAUUAUGUGAACAGUAUCCCUUAUUGGUACUACACAUCCUGGCCAGUGGGUACUUCAGGGCAGGCAGUGCCGGGGCUAAGGGAAUCACGUCGCCGGCAAAGCCGGCCCCUAGUGAUCCCAAGAAAGACGAUACACCCAGGAAACCCCGAACAAUCCGGGAAAUCCUAUACUGGCUAAGUGCAUUGCCCUAUAGUCAGGGAUACUGUGGAUUGGUAACAAGGAUGAAAGAAAAGACGGAUCAGGUGACCAAUGGGAGUGAUGAUAAGAAUAAGAUAGAACUAUAUAAUGAGAAAAAUGACAAAACAGAGCUCCAUAAGGACAAGAUUACCCACUACCUAAUGGCCGCCUGUGGCUACUGCCCACUGGUACUCAUCGGUAUCCAGGGGACCAUAGAAAGGGAAGUGAAGACAGAGGCACAAGCACAAGGUCCGGGUGGAGUUGCUGCUGGUGAUGAUAACAAGUGCUCCAAUUAUGGCAAAAAGAAAGAAGAAAAGACGGAUUGCGAUGAAAAUAAGAAACUCACCAAAGAUGGAAAGGUUUGCUACAGAGGGUACCACCUGGAAGUCUCCAAGUUUGGCCCCCUCCACGGGAUGUAUGCCAAUGGGCUCUUUGGCUUCCAGAUGGACAUUAGUCCCGCCCAGUGCCUGGACCAACUUAGGGUAUAUGUCUACCACUGCUUCUACCAGCUCUAUUUCCUAAGGAAGCAGUGUAGUACGGGGGUGGUAGAGCAGACAGUGCUGGGCUGGCAGAGUUGUAGGUAUGGUAAGGACGUCAAGUUGAGUUCUGGAGCAUGGCUGUGUAGUGCGAUCAGUACAGGUGCUGGGAAGGAUUGCAAGUGCAAGACGAAUGGCAGUUCUGGCUCGCCACUUAUGGCAUUCCUUUGUGAUUCAGUAACUGGAUUACACUGUCCAACCACAUAUGGAAGGACCCCUGACAGAGCAAACGACCCCUACCCAGAAAUUACAGAUCAUAUGGAAGCCAAAGAUGAUAUUCGUCCAGGCCACUUCGGCAAACCUCCUAUGCACUGCCCUGUACCUAUGGGUUGGCAAUCAGAGAGUACUAUCCAUAGGAAUAGCACUGGCAAUGCCCAAGAAAAGGCAAAUCACUUCAAAGAUUUAACCCAGGGUACCCAUAAGACAGAGAAUCUGUCACCACCGGCACAAGCAGGCACUCCUGGCACUUACCCUGUACACUGCACUGGCAGGACACUGUCACUACUCCUGGAGUACUACUGUGACCCAGAGAAGUGCCAUGGCACCCUAGUGGUACUACUGAGACUACUGGCAUGUAUCACUCCCACGGUGCCACGGACUCUGGGUGACCUCUUUGGGUUCUAUUACUAUAUAGUCUAUAUUGGGGGAAAGAAUAGUGGUGAAGUUACGAAGAAGUUGAAAUUAGAAUUAGAGGAUGUAAGGUUAAGAAUGAAUAGUAGUAGUUAUAUGUAUUCCCUGGUUGGAGCGCUCAAGGGAUGGAACAAAGAUGGAGAUUGCAAUGGCAACCACAGCGGCGUUAUGGAAGGCUCACUAAAGACCUUAUGUGGUUGUAGUAGUGCUAGUGGUGGCACCGACAAGUGCUGUCCAUACUUAUCCCCCCUGAGUGGCCAGCAGUAUGGCCAGUUGAGUCCCUUGAUGGCUGGGACCUACCUGUCAUGGUUGGUCUAUUUGAUAGAGGGGUUCAAGACUGGACUCUCCCAGCCAUGGUAAUGCCUUCUACAUUACCCCUUUCAUGUACUGACAGAACAAG